GUGUCCAUUGUUUGGCUUGUCCAUUUUGAUUCUUUUGGGUCUUGAGUCAUUCCUUCCAGCAAGAUCUCGCACAACAUGCGACUCUGCCUGUCGGCUGCUGUCCUGCUGGGCUGCGUUUCGGCGGAGCCAGACAAGGAGGUCCUAGCGCACUAUGGAAGCUUUGAAGCUCCCAGCCUCACGGACACCAGCUUCGAGCAGGUCCAGGAGCUCCUGUUGCAGGGCCGGCCCUUCGUAGUGGCCGAUGGCGCCAAGGGGCUCCCCAUGGCAGCCUGGGACUGUGAGCAAGUCCGGAAGGAGUUCCCCCACUCCCGGCUGCGACAGGAGGGCGGCAAUUCGGAGUUGAACGCCAUUUUGAUGAACAGCAACUGGAUGCAGGACUCCAAGCCCUAUCCCGGCGCCGAGCUCUACCCUCCGGGGGCGCCCAAGAUUCGGCCCUUCUACUGGGACAUCGCCAAGGCCUACCGAGAAGAGCGAGAACGGAAAUGGGGAAAGGACCCGGCCAAGGUGGUGAGCAAGAUCGUGGGCACCACUGCGGUGCCCUACUGGCUGCCACAGCAGAGCGUGGUGGAGAUGGGACGCAGCUCGGAGAUGUGGUUCCACCCACCGGGGGCCGGGGCGAGGGCGCAUAUGGACCCCCACUGCCGCACCACCGUGUCCUUCUGCUUCUCAGGGAAGCGGAAAUGGCGCAUGAUGGUGCCGCCCGCGGAGCCGCACCCUGAGGGCUACUUCGACGGGGACAUCUACAAGCGGUCGGAGUGGCAGCCCACCUUCGAGCUGGAGGCGAGCAACGGCUCCGCCGUGGUGGUCUUCCCAGGCAUGGUGCACGAGACGCUGUCGGUGGGUGAGGUGUGUUCCGCCUCGGUGAGCCAAACCUUCGCGGUGCCUACGCCGGCGGCGUAUUGGCGCGCCUUCUGGCCCCGCUUCGCGCUGAUCGGCGAGGACGUGGGCCAGUGUGGGGACGUUGUGGAACAGCUGGUGACGCUGAAGACCCGCGCCAAGGUGCGACCGCAGCCGGAGCCCAUGGCCAGAAAGGCUGGCAAGCACUUCGCCUACAAGAUGGACGCGGACAAAGACGGCAAGAUCUCGAAGAAAGAGAUGCUGUUGCCCGGGGAGUCUGAGGACAGCUUGACGGAGCUCAUUAGCUUUCACGACACAAACAAAGACGGCAUCGUGACCACCAAAGAGUUGGUAGACAGCUGGGUGAUGUUUGCAGUUGCCAGCCAUCGUUCAGCGCAACUUAUGGGCGGACGCACUGAUAACAAGGAGGACGUGCUGGGCUACGACGACACUGCCUUCUAUUAUUUUGUCGUCAGCGUUUUGACCUGCGUGGCGGUGCCCUGGACGCUGGGUUUCAUCUACAGUUUUGCGCAGCUUGGGCACGAUGCCGACAGCGAGUACCCCAGAAGAAGCGCAAGCUUCGGCUCGAAGCUGCGGUACUGCUCCACCUCCGCGAUGGUGGAGAAGGUGGAGAAGUACCGUAGAGAAGCCCGAAGGUUCACGGCGAAGACGGGCUUGAUUUACUUGGCCCAGGCGGUGGUGCUCUGUGUGAUGUGGGCCAUGAUCUUUGGCACCAUGACGCAGUUGGGCUACGAGACGAAGGAGAUCCAGAAGUUCGAUCCCUUCGAGAUCCUGGAUGUGCUUCCGGGUGCGAGCCCCUCCCAAAUCAAGCGGGCCUACCGCAAGCUGUCGCUGUCCUUCCAUCCGGAUAAGAACCCGGACGACCCCCUGGCGGCCAGCCGCUUCAUUCAGAUCACCAAGGCCUUCCAGGCGCUCACGGACGAGAUCGCCAAGCGGAACUGGGAGAAGUUCGGAAACCCCGACGGCCCGCAGACCACCAAAGUGGGCAUCGGGCUCCCCCGAUUUCUCCUGGAGAAAGAGAAUCACUUGAUGAUCUUGUGCAGCUUCUUCUUCGUGAUCGUCAUUCUGGUGCCCAUGACGUUUAUUUGCUAUUACCAGAAUUCCAGGAACUUUGCGGUGAAUGGCGUGAUGGUGGAAACGCUUCAGUUCCUUGGCUUCUACAUCGGGGAGUCCAACCGCGCCAAGCACGGGCCGGAGCUCUUGGCCGCGUGUGCCGAGAGCCGAUCCAUGGGCACCAGGCCCUGGGAUAACACCCACAUCAAGAAGCUGGGAGGACACGUGAUUGAGCACAAGAAGCGUGUCUUCACCUUCCCGGCAGUCAUGAAGAACCAAUACCUCAUCUGGGCGCACAUGCAGAGGAAGCGGUCGCAGAUGACCCCGGAGCUCUGCGCGGACCUGGAUGAGCUGCUGAAGCACUCCAUGAAGGUCACCCAGGCCAUGAUCGAGGUGGCCUGCAUGCGGGAGUGGUUCGGCACCGCCCAGGGCAUGAUCGAGUUCCGGCGCUGCCUGGUGCAAGCGCUGGACAUCAAGACCUCCCAGCUCCUGCAGAUCCCCCACUUCAGCGAGAAGCAGGUGGAGCUCUGCCACGGCUUCCAGGUCACCACGCUCCGGGAGUUCCUGGCCAUGGAAGUAGAGCAGCGGAAGAAGCUGCAGCUGAAGGACGAGGAGCUGUUGGAUGUGGAGGAGCUUUGCAGCCACAUCGGGGAGACUGUGAUCAAGGCCACCAUUUCCACAGACGACGAGUCAGAGAUCGUGGUGGGUGACGUGGCCACAGUGACAGUGCAGAUGUGCAGGAGAAGCAGCUUCAAAAGGAUGAAGCUCAAGGCCCUGUUCACGCGCCCUUCUUCCCCAUCGCCAAGUUUGAGGAGUGGUGGCUCUUCCUGGUGGACAGCGGGGCCAAGGAGCGCAUCGUCCACUUCGAGCGGGUCUGCGAGACGGAGCGCUGUGUGGAGGAGAAGCUCCGGUUCCAGGUGA